AUGUCAGCCAAGAUGGAUGAAAUGAAGAAAAGUUCCCUCCGGCUGACCAGGGACAAACAACAGCCUAUAAAGACAGAGCGGAGCUCCCGAUAUGUCCUCUUCACUUACUUCCAAGGGGACAUUAACAGUGUAGUUGAUGAGCACUUUUCUAGAGCCCUGAGUAACACUAAAAAGCCUAAAGAUCUGAGCACUGAUGACACAAGUGAGGCCACUAGCCCCGAUAGCGACAAUCAAUUGAGUCCAAAUCCCUGGUGUUUUGACUCUCACUGGACCAAGUCACAGCAAGAAUCAUGUCCCAUUAACAGCAGUCUGGCCAGCCAUGGAUCGAACCGAUCUGUCAUCCGGAACUCAUCGCCACUGAUAGUCGCAAGCCCUCCUCUACAGCUUGGAGAUCUGUGGCAUCUGUCUUCUCCUGAAGCCAGCCCAAGUCCUGCUGAGCCUGGGUAUUUUCUGUCCUUCCCUAGUAUCCAUUUAGUGCCAAAAACUGAGUGUGAGAGGAAAUAUGGCUCCCUUCUCAAUCUCCUGCAGCAAGACCGGUGCCUCAUAUACCCCAUGUUACCAGCCAGGAAGCAGGCUAGACGCUGCACUGGAGCCAUGAACCUACUCUCCACUGGGACUGCCAACUCUGACGGCGGGAAGAAAUCACAUUCUUUCCAAAACCUCGAAAAGACCAGCACCAAACCUGAUAACGGAAACAUAGAAACAGAAGCUGUUUCUCCACCCAAAUCUGAGAGCCCUGGUAGUCCUGGUGAAGUUUAA